UCUUUGUACGAUAUAUUUAUUUACUUUGAAUAUCAAUGUUUAAUUUUAUAGACGAUGUACGCGAGGAGCUUUUAAAAGAGUUUAUUAAUAUUCUUGAUAGUAUUUCUUUAAGAAGUCACCAUCUUUAUGAUAAAAUAACUGAAAACUUAACUAUAGCUUUAAGGUCACACUUAAGAAAGCCAAGAUGUGGAGACAAAUUUUUAGUAUAAAUUGAGUAACUACGUGAAAAUCUAUCCAAUUAAACUAAAUUACAAGUGAUAUAAUAAUGGAAAACGAUGCAACUGAGAAUGAAACUGUUGAAAAAGUAAAAUCAGAAAUAGCACCAACAGAAAAAGAUAAUGUAGAACAGCCAGAAAACGUAGAACCACCAGAAAACGUCGAACAACCAGAAAAUGUAGAGCAAACAGAAAAUGUUGAUCAACCAGAAAACGUACCACAGGAUGCACCAACUGAUGAGAAUCAAGCAAUAGAAGGUGAAGAAAAGAAGGAAGAAAAAAAGGAAGAGAAAGUAGAAGUCAUUGAAGAUUUUAUAGAGGAAGAGGAGCAAUUCGUAGAAGAACCACCACCGGACCCAGCGGAGCCAUACAAUUUUACAGAUUCUUCAGAAGCUCUCAAACCACCCUUUGCUCUUCGAAAUGACCAGUUAGCAGAAGUAGAACAACUUUGGGCUAUUUAUCAAGAUUAUAAUCCAGCUUACACUGAUAUAGACAAUUAUAUUACUGAAAAAGAAUUGAUAUACAUGUUAAAAUCGUUGCUCCUCAUGACUUACACACCUGAACAAUUGCAAGAAUUAAUAGCAUUUUGUGUUAGGCCCCCAGACCCAGACGGUCAUAUCACUUUCGAUCAAUUUGUCAAAAUGGUAACAAUAAGGCAAAGAGCUAUUCCAAUUGAAGAAGAAUUAAGAUUAGCUUUACAAUCUCUCGAUCCGAAUAAUACUGGUCUGGUUGAUAGAGAAUUUUUCAAGGAAUUGCUUUCUAAACAAGGUCAUAAAUUACCACCCAAAAUGUUGGAAAAUCUUAUAAAAGAGGUUGACCUAAGCAAUGAUGGUACCAUUGGCAUUGAAGAUGUGGUUGGAACAUUAGGUAUUGAUUUAAAUAAAGAUGAUAUUGCAAUGUUGAGGGCAGCAGUAUUCCCUGAUGAAAAUCCACCUAAGAUGGAAGAAGAAUUUUAAUCUAGUUAUUUGUAAAUUGCUAAUAUA